CGGGGAGGGCCCACUAAGGGAGGACUGCUGGCGUAUGGGCAGCGUGGGAACGUGGCAGAGUUGAAUGAGGGCUUGUGGUUUGUACCUUUUUUUUGAAGGGUUAAUAGGAGUUGAGUUGGAAGAGGGACCUUCCCCCCGGGGAAGGAAUGAAACUGCAAGAAAGGGAGGUGAGGAUUGUAAGGCUGUCUCCAGAGAUUUGAAAAAUGGCAACAAAUGAAAGUAUGGACAUUUUUAGUUCAGCAUUCUUGGCUGUGGAGUAUGUAGAUUCACUUUUACCUGAAAAUCCUCUGCAAGAACCACUUAAAAAUGCUUGGAACUCUAUGCUGGAUAAUUAUACAAAGUUCCAGAUUGCAACAUGGGGAUCCCUAAUAGUUCAUGAGGCCCUUUAUUUUUUGUUUUGUUUACCUGGAUUUUUGUUUCAGUUUAUACCCUACAUGAAGAAGUACAAAAUUCAAAAGGACAAACCAGCGACAUUUGAAGGGCAGUGGAAAUGUUUUAAAGUGAUUCUCUUUAACCACUUUUUUAUCCAACUUCCAUUGAUUUGUGGGACUUACUAUUUUACAGAAUUUUUCAAUAUUCCUUAUGAUUGGACGAGAAUGCCAAGAUGGUAUGUGAUCCUGUUGCAGUGCUUCCUCUGUGCAGUGAUUGAGGAUACCUGGCAUUAUUUCCUGCACAGACUCUUACACCACAAAAGAAUUUAUAAAUAUAUCCAUAAAAUUCAUCAUGAGUUUCAGGCUCCAUUUGGAAUGGAAGCUGAAUAUGCACAUCCUCUGGAAACCCUCAUUCUUGGAACUGGAUUUUUCAUUGGGAUCCUACUUUUAUGUAAUCAUGUAAUUCUUCUUUGGGCGUGGGUGACCAUUCGUUUGAUAGAAACUGUUGAUGUUCAUAGUGGCUAUGAAAUUCCUUUAAACCCACUACACCUCAUCCCUUUCUAUGCUGGCUCACGGCACCAUGAUUUCCACCACAUGAACUUUGUGGGAAACUAUGCUUCAACAUUUACAUGGUGGGAUCGCAUUUUUGGAACAGACUCUCAGUAUGUUGCCUACUAUGAAAAGUUGAAGAAAAAUAAGAAGACUGAAUAAGUAGCUUAUCUAAGCCUUCCGGAAAGCACACCUUACCUGAAUUGAAGCUAGUAGCUAACACUGCUUCUGGAGAGCAGAAAUAAAAACGUGUCUCGGCUGCUUGAGUGAUAAAAGAAUAUUAACAACUUUUAAUUAUCUUCCUAAUGGGAACUUUUUCUACUUUACAUACAAGUUCUAUAUGUGUAGAAAUAAGUAAAUAUAUAUUUAAGUAUAAUUUUCAUGAAGACUUUUAAAAGGCCACAUUACUAACCUUACCAAAAAGCUUUUGAGUAUUGGAAGAAGUAUGAAUUUGUCUUCCCCGACCCUGUGAUUUUUAUAGGCCUAGAGUUGAGAUAGUCUUUGGAUCUUUUAAAUGUAUAAUAGUCAAAAACUCUAACAGUGGUGUUGGUCUUAUAUUAGACACAGAAUUUGUGGUGUUUUUUUUUUUUAUUUGCCUAAAGAUCAGAAUAUCCUGGGUUGAACCACAUCAAUCUCUACAGUAUAAAUGAGACUACCGAAAGAAUAGUCAACACCAAAAAAAUUACACUUUUACGUGGAGCUGGCCAGUUUGGGAUUAUUGAUUAUUUGAGAAGCCCUUGUUUGAUUACAGUAUACUACUGGCAUUUAUAAAUUAAGGUAUUCAUAGUCGAUGUAAGUAUUUUAGUCUCAACAUUUUUAGUCUACUUGAAUUUUAAAAGAGAUUGAAUUUUAUUUCUGCUAUUUCAUUUUUCAAGUGUGUCAUAUUUUCAUUCUUCCUAAAACUGUAUCUUGACAUUUUGUGGAACUGACUUGACUGUCUUUGCACUUUGAACUGUUGAAAUAAAUGUGAUUUUUUUUUUUUUUUUUUGGAGGGGGGAGUCUGGUUAUGUAGUUUCUAGUUUUGAAUGUCAACUUAUGCUUUAUUUUGUUCAUAUAUGAAAAGUUACAGAAAGAAAUUAAAUUAAGUUUCAUAGUAAAAAGAA